UUAAACCGGAAAAACUUGACGUCAAGCCGGAUUUGAGAUCUAUCGAGAAAGGGAAAGGCGUAAACGAAACUGUGCAACAGUUUGACCAGGUCAGAAAUGUGAAGACAGAGGAAUCAAAUCCUAAGUUGGACAAUACUGGUAUUAAAGAGGAGCAGGUGCCAAUGAAUUCACACCUGCUAGUGAUGGUAAUAUUUCCCCUAUGCCCACCAAUUCGCUGCUCAUGCGAAACAGGUUCUCGCCCCAUUAAGCGUCUGAAGGCAGAAGAGGACUAG